GCAUGGCAGUAGACCGUGAGUCAUUGUAACAGGGUGUUUCACGUAACCUUCGAUUCGUUGUCGCAGAAGAAACGCCUUGUACACCCACUAGCAACCGUCUGACAGGACAGGUGGAAUCGGAGUGACCUACAGCAGAUCAUUAGUGCAUCGAGAGACAGUUUCAUAAUGGUGCCAGACACACUAACGCAGACAGGUUUUGACUUUUUACAAAGUGUCUCCUGGCUAGUAGUCGCCGCUGGACUGGUUUUAGCCGUCAUCUACUUGACUCGCCUGUGGUUCAGAAAAGGCCUUCGGUUCGGAGUGUGCAGAUGUGAGACACGUAUGGACGGGAAGACUGUCAUAGUGACAGGCUCUAACACCGGCACGGGGAAGGAGGCGGCACGGGACCUCGCGCGAAGGGGGGCUCGCGUGAUCCUUGCUUGCCGAAACGCCAGGAAAGCUGAGAAAGCCGCCGAAGAAAUCCGCAAAUCCAGUGGCAACGGAAACGUGGAGGUGCGAGUCGUGGACCUGGCUUCUCUGUCCUCUAUCCGAGACUUCUGCUCCCACAUCAUACGGACAGAACCGAGGCUGGACGUGCUUGUCAACAAUGCAGGAUUUUCUCCAAUACUGAGAGGGCGAAGCAACACCUGCUUCUGUCCGAGAACGGAAACCACAGACGGGUUUGAGUUGAUGUUCGGAGUGAACCACCUGGGCCACUUCCUCCUCACCAACCUCCUCCUGGACCUGCUGAAGAAGUCUGCUCCCAGCAGGGUCGUUAUAGUGUCUUCAGGUGGACAUGUUCUUGUACAGGAGAUAGAUUUCAAUGACGUCAAUUUUCGGCAUAACUUCUCCCCCACCCGAGCCUACCGGAGAAGUAAACUGGCAAACAUGCUGUUUGUGAGGGAACUUGCAAAGAGAUUAGAAGGGUCCGGCGUCGCAGCCUUCUCCCUGACACCCGGCUACGUGGCGACAUCCCGGAUGAAGAACCAGACCCUAUCCGUCGGGAUGCUGGUGUGGGGGACUGCUGCGACGCUUCACAGGUGGCUGUACGGGAAAACUCCCCUACAAGGCGCACAGUGUACCAUCCACUGCAGCGUGGCAGACGGGCUACAGUCGGGACAGUACUUCAGUGACUGUAAGCCGACGGACCCCGCCCCACAGGCCAGGGAUGACGAGGCGGCAAGAAGACUGUGGGAACUCAGUGAGAAGAUGGUCGGACUGAGCAAAUGACUGGUUUCACAUCAGCCUGACUCUGGGCUGUAGAACUUCAAUUUUGAAAGUAAUUUUUUGACAAUUUUCUUUGCAAUAAGAUGAACCAUAUGUAUCCAUACCGGCAUACAUGGAUAAAAAUUGGAUGUCGCUGUGCCGCUGACUUAUUUUGGGUUUCAAUAAAUGAUUU